UCUCAAGCCAUGGUUCUGGAGUAGGAAAGCACAUGCGAUGUACGAUAGAUUGCUGUCGUUCCGAUCGGGAAUUGAUUGAAUGAUGUCACGAGUUGGACCUUCCCAAACGCGGGUGCGCGUCAGGCAGCCUCGCGACUUUCUGCUUCUGACUGCCCGCCGAAGCCAUCUAAUCGUUGAUCAGACCUCGAUAGUUUUUGUUACAACCCAUCCUGUCCUUCAUUGAAUCCAAGAAUCCGCCGAGAUGGGUAUCAAACACCUAUACCAAGUCAUCGACGAGCACUGUCCAGAUGCCGUCAAAACCGGUGAAAUCAAGAACCAAUUCGGUCGCAAGGUCGCCAUUGAUGCUUCCAUGUCGCUGUACUCAUUCCUCAUCGCCGUUCGCUCCGAGGGUCAACAAUUGAUGAACGAAUCUGGAGAAACAACUUCACAUCUCAUGGGCAUGUUCUACCGCACUCUUCGCAUGGUCGACAACGGUAUCAAGCCGCUCUACGUCUUUGACGGUGCACCACCGAAGCUCAAGUCGGGAGAACUCGCCAAACGUUUCCAGCGCAAGACGGAAGCUGAAGAGGCUCACGAAGAAGCCAAAGAGACGGGUACCGCUGAGGAUAUGGAGAAGUUCAGUCGCCGCACUGUUCGUGUCACCAGAGAGCACAACGCCGAAGCUCAGAGACUGCUCAAGCUGAUGGGUAUCCCCUACAUCAUCGCUCCCACUGAGGCCGAAGCUCAGUGUGCAGCCCUGGCUCGUGCCGGCAAAGUCUAUGCUGCCGCCAGUGAGGACAUGGAUACUCUGACCUUCGCCGCCCCUGUGCUCCUCCGUAAGCUCACCUUCAGUGAGCAGCGUAAGGAACCUAUUCAGGAGAUUCAUCUGGACAAGGUCCUGGAAGGCCUGGACAUGACCAUGGACCAGUUCAUCGACAUGUGCAUCUUGCUCGGCUGCGAUUACGUCGACCCUGUCAAGGGCAUCGGCCCGAAGGUCGCCUACACCAUGAUCAAGGAACACGGAAGCCUCGAAGCUGUCGUCGGCAUGCUGGAGAACAACAAGAAAUACACAAUCCCGGAAGACUGGCCUUGGGCCGAAGCCAAGAUCCUCUUCAAGGAACCCGAUGUUCGCAAGGCCGAUGACCCUGAGUGCAACUUCGAGUGGAAGGCCCCAGAUAUCGAUGGCCUGGUGAAGUUCCUCGUCGAGGAAAAGGGCUUCAGUGAGGACAGAGUCAAGAACGGAGCUGCCCGUCUCACCAAGAGUCUCAAGAGUGCACAGCAGAGCAGACUCGAGGGCUUCUUCAAGCCAGUCGCCAAAACCGCGGAAGAGCAGGCAAGCUUGAAACGCAAGAACGAGGCAAAGUUCGAGGAAAAGAAGAAGAAGCAGAAGCAGGCAGCCAAGGAGAAGAAGGAGGCCAAGGCCAAGCCCAGAGGUACUGCUUAGGAGAGUUCGAUCGACAUACAUUACGGAUGCAAGGAUGGGAGUUUUUGAUGGCGUUUGCUCAUAUGGGAAUACCCGCCAGGAGGACCAAGUAUACGAUUUGUUGUUGUCGGCGUUUCAGGAGCGAAUGGCUCGGAUGGUAUCAGCCAUGGCAUAAAAGGCUUCUUACAAUUGCUUGCAUGAAUACUACGAUAGCUAUAUGCUUCUUUCAAAC